AUGACCUCGACAUUACCGCCCCUGGACUUCGACAAUGGAGGACUCCGCAUCGUCCUGCUGCCCGAGGCUGAGACCUUCGAAGGCCUUGAGGAUGAGGCCGAUCCCGAUUCCGAUUCGGCCCCCCCACCGCCAGCAAUCCCGGUCCACCCCAUUCCCGCCCUACAGGAUGCCUUCGCCGAGUCGUUACACGAGGUGAUGAGCGGUGUUGAGGUCCAGAAGCCCAAGUUGAGGGCUCUGGAUGCUCAGGGCCGCAGAGAGGCUGUGCUUUCGCAGGGAGUUAACGAGCCCGCCUUUGAUGCCCAGUGGAGGCUGCGACCGGGGCAGUCUCAGCACGAACUGGCCAAGCUCAUUGCUCAGAUUUCGUUUGGUGUAUACCUAAUGCUCAAUGGCAUGGCCAACAACAACACCCAGGUCGUCAGCAUCCUCCAGGGACACAUUGACGAAGUCGACGAAUUUCUCGAGGUCACCAUUGAGGAUCUCGAGCAGGUGGAGAUGGAUCUCAAGAAGCGCAUCGAACAUUUGAUGCUUCCCAUGUCGAAUGUCACCGUCUUUGAGCAGUUGCUCGAGGACCGCAAGUUCCGCAACGAGAUACUCCAGGGCAACGAGAAAAUUGAGCACAUCCUGGCGAGGACCAAUGUGGCUAUGAAGCAAUGGGACGACGAUAUCGAGGCUGGUCUGCAGACCAGUAACCUUUUCAUCAACUGGUUGAACGAUCAGGCCGAAGGCCCCUGGCGAGAGAAUCAGCCUGACGUUAUUGAUAUUUUCGACGCCAUGAGCGGCAAUGCGGAGGGAUGGCUCAUUGCUUUUGAGAAAAUCAGCGAUAGCACCGAUGACAUCAACAACCUCAUUAUCCGCCUCAUGAACAUCAUUUCCGAGAUGGAAAAGAAAGCCGGUGAAGCCAGCCGGAGGACAUGGGCGAACAUUACACCAUUCACUGCCCCCCCAAUGCCCAGUUCUUACGAUGUUGCGUCUCCAGAUAUUGAGUACAAGACAGUGCAGGGACAUGAUCUGCCUACCCCCAGUACUGUUCUGAGCGACAAUUCGGAUCAAAUGACCAUCAACUCAAUGGUCGACGGAGACGAUACCAGUACCAUCGACUUUCCCUUGCCAGGAGGCUUACCGUUGCUCCCACCGUUCCGUUCCAACCGCCACACCUCGAAUGCCUACUCCUCCAACAGCCCCAAGUCUGCCCAGCCCUCGGCCGCCCCUAGCCCUGGCAGCUCUCAGUAUACUCUUCCGACUACCGCCCAUACUUUUGGAUUCGGCAGUCCGAGGUCUCUGCAAACUAACACACAACUGCGGCAGAAUUCGGUGGCGGGCAGCGAACUGAGCGACCCAGAAACGGAGACGCCUCGCAGUGAACGCGGGAGCGAGCCGGUCUUCCUUCUCCAGCCGCGCACCUACACACCCCAGCCCCCUGCGCCGCUACCCUCACCACGGAUCAAAGAUGCGCCUAGCCAUAGCGCUCGCUCGGAUUCGCAAUCGACGCUUCAGUCACUCCAGUCGGCCCCGUUUACUCCUGCAGACACACAGUCGAUGACAUGGCGAGACAGCGAUAUCGUGCAAAGGAGAACGUCCCUCCGGGAUCGAGUGUCGCAAAAGAUGAUGAUGCCCGGGGACAUACAAAUCCCCCCAAGGUCCAUAAAGGGCAUGGAAAUGUAUGCCCACUCGCCCAGCACAGCCACGCCAAAGACGAUGCGAUCUCACCAAUUCGACUCGGCGUAUGAGUCCGAUGCGGAACGCCAUGGCCGCCAUGGAUCAGGUGGCUCUAGUAACAUGGAGAUGUCCCCUCCGCAGCUCAAUGUUAUACCAUCACCGCGGUCGGAUCGACAACGAUAUCACCCCGUCCAGGCCUCGCCGCAUUCACCACUGCAACAGAGGCCACACACUGCCGUCGGCCAUGGCCAGUCUGCAUACCAUGGGGGCCCGAGUUUGGUACCACCGCAUCAUCUUCGCAGCAAGGGCUCCAACGCCGGACUGAGCACGCUGAGCAAUGUCGAGUCGGUGACCUACGAUGACGGGACGGCACAAAGUAUGCGGACGUCCAAAACGGCGGACAGGCAGCUCAAGAAGAAGAAGAGUGCAUUUGGAUGGCUCAAGAAAGCAUUUAGCAUGGACGAAGAAGAACGGGCAGCCUACGAGGCGCGCAAGGCCAUGCAGUUCCAGCAGAGCUACUACGAUGCUGAUCCGCCAAAGUUUCUGGACGGCAAGAGGUUGCGGUAGAAUAUGCGGCAUCUCGUCUGGACGACGUCACUGCAAUAAUCUACCGUCUGAAGCGAGAAAAGUAGGAGACAAAGAGACGAUAGCCCGGAGUCCAGGGGCAU